AUGGCCCCCGUAGACAUUUUUGGACAUCCCUUGCGGCACCAACAAGACUUCCCUAGAAGCUUACACAGAUUCGUCUUCAUGGACACUUCGACUCUGUUUAUAUCUAUCUAUCUAUCUAUCUAUCUAUCUAUCUCAUUCUCCUCAAUUCAAUCUUUCUAUCUCGGGAUAUUCAUAUCUAUCUAUCUGUUUGUCAGUUCAUAUCUAACUACCUAUCUAUCUAUUUCAUUCUCCUCAUAUCUAUGUAUCUAUCUAUCUCAUUUUCCUCAUUUCUCUCUAUCUCAGUCUAUUCAUAUCUAUCUAUCUAUCUAUCUCAUUCUCCUCAUAUCUAUCUCAUUCUAUUCAUAUCUAUCUAUCUGUUUCAGUCAGUUCAUAUCAGUCUAUGUCAUUCUCCUCAUAUGUAUCUAUCUAUCUAUCUCAUUCUAUUCAUAUCUAUCUAUCCGUUUCAGUCAGUUCAUAUCUAUCUAUCUAUCUCUUUUUCCUCAUAUCUAUUUAUCUAUCUAUCUCAGUCUGUAUCCCCGUAUCUAUCUAUCUAUCACUCACCCCUUAAUAUCUCUCUCUCUCUCACUCUCUCUCUCACUCUCUCUCUCUCUCUCUCUCUAUCUCUCUCUCUCUUCUUAUCUAUAUUCCUCUUUUCUUUCAAUUUUUGACAUUUCGAUUCCACUUAUUACUACUCCUGUUUCUAUCUAUCUAUCUAUCUAUCUAUCUAUCUAUCUAUCUAUCUAUCCAUCUAUCUAUCUAUCUAUCUGA